AUGCGUCGCCGCCGGGGCGGGCGAAGGAUGAAGAUCAUGAACACGCACGUCACAGCCGCCAAGACGCCGACCAGCGCCGGCAUGCCCGACGCGGCCCGAAAAUACCGCGCCUAUCCGCCGGUCGACCUGCCCGACAGGACCUGGCCGUCGAAGACGAUCACCACGCCGCCGAUCUGGUGCUCGGUCGAUCUGCGCGACGGCAACCAGGCGUUGAUCGAGCCGAUGGGGCACGAGCGCAAGACGCGCAUGUUCGCCCAUCUGCUCAAAAUGGGCUUCAAGGAUAUCGAGAUCGGCUUCCCAUCGGCCAGCCAGACCGAUUUCGAUUUCGCACGCUGGUGCGUCGAAGAGGGCAAUGUGCCCGAUGACGUGUCGCUGCAGGUGCUGGUGCAGUGCCGUCCCGAACUGAUCGAACGGACCUUCGAAUCGCUGGAAGGCGCGCGUCAUCCGAUCGUCCAUUUCUACAAUUCCACCAGCGAAUUGCAGCGCCGGGUCGUCUUCGGCAAGGAUGUCGAAGGCAUCAAGCGGAUCGCCACCGAUGCCGCCAAAAUGGUCACCGACAUGGCCGCCAAGGCCGGCGGCGGCUACCGGUUCCAAUAUUCGCCCGAAAGCUUCACAGGCACGGAGUUGGAAGUGGCGCUGGAGAUCUGCAACGCGGUCACCGAGAUCGUCCAGCCGACGCCCGACCACAAGCUGAUCCUCAACCUGCCGGCAACGGUGGAGAUGUCGACGCCCAACAUCCAUGCCGACCAGAUCGAAUGGAUGUGCCGCAACAUCGACAAGCGCGACUGCGUCAUCGUCUCGCUGCAUCCGCACAAUGACCGCGGCACCGGCAUCGCGGCGACCGAGCUGGGGCUGAUGGCCGGCGCCGACCGGGUGGAAGGCACAUUGUUCGGCAAUGGCGAGCGCACCGGCAAUGUCGAUCUGGUCACGCUGGCGCUGAACAUGUUCACGCAAGGGGUCGAUCCGAAGCUGGACAUCAGCGACAUCAACGCGCUGCGCGAUGUCUACGAGCACUGCAACCAGCUCGCCAUACCCGAGCGACACCCUUAUGUCGGCGAACUGGUCUACACGGCCUUUUCCGGCUCGCACCAGGACGCGAUCAACAAGGGCAUGAGAGCCCAUCGCGAGGCCAGGUCGGACCUUUGGGAGGUGCCCUAUCUGCCGAUCGAUCCGGAGGAUGUGGGCCGCAGCUACGAGGCGAUCAUCCGCAUCAACUCGCAGUCGGGCAAGGGCGGCAUCGCCUAUAUAUUGCAGGCCGAUUACGGGCUGAACCUGCCCCGCAAUCUGCAGGUCGAGUUUCGCGAGGUAAUCCAGGAGAUCACGGACCGCGAAGGGAUCGAGCUGUCGUCGGAGCGCAUCCACCAGGCGUUCAUGGCAACCUAUGUCGAUCUGCCCAGCCCGCGCAUCCGCUUCGUCGGCCACACCACGGCGCCGGAUCCGGACGAUCCGGAAGGGCGGAUCGUCGAUGCGGUGCUGAUAGACGGCAAUGAGGAAAUCGGAAUUCGCGGUUUCGGCACCGGGCCGAUCGACGGGUUCGUCGAUGCGAUCAAUCGCCAUUACGAAUUGUCGAUGACGGUGCGCGACUAUUCCGAGCACUCGCUUCAGCACGGUUCGGACGCGGCGGCCAUUUGCUACAUGGAAAUGGACAAUGCCGACAAACGCGUCUUCGGCGUCGGCAUCAACAAGAACAUCGUCGCCGCUUCGCUCGAAGCGAUCGUGUCGGCCGUCAAUCGGGUUCGGGCGGCUCCGCAAGGCUAG